CAUCCGGACUCUUAACAUUCUUAUCAUCCGGGUUUUAGUUUAUGCAAAUAUCGCACCAGGAAAUGACGAACAAAUAAAUUUUGGCGUGUAGAAUUCUAAACUUUAUUUAUAAAUCCUUUUAAAGCCAUUUGUAAACAUUGCCGUAGCAACACAGCUGAGUCCAGGCAUGUAGUCGCGUCAUAAUGCAAUUGUGAAUCAAUUAUACUAACAAUUUAUUGAAAAAAUUAGAUGUUUUAUUCGUAUUAUUAUAUGAACUAAACAAAAUUCAAAAGUUUCUAAGGGUUUUUAAAUUUUUUUUUUAAAACAAAUAGGAAACACUCAGACGAAUUGUUUUUCCUAAUAAGCUCAACCUACUAAUAUGGUCAAUCAAAUUUUGUUUUGUUCUUUAUUACUGACAACAGUUUUAGUUACGGCAGAACAUGAAGAAUGGCUGCAUUGCAGUGUUCUGGACAGUGAAAACAAAUAUCAAGUUUGUUGGUUGACAACAGUGUCCGGCGCUGGUCAAGCAGAGAUUGUGUUUGGUGUUGACGUUCAAACUCAUGGUUAUGUUGGAUUUGGCUUGUCUUAUAAUGGUGGCAUGGCAGGUAGUGAUAUUAUUACCGGUUGGAUUAAAGAUGGAAAAAUUUAUUGCCAGGACAGACAUGGUAUAGGAAAUACUUUACCAAUAAUUGAUAUAAGCAUGGACUGGGAAUGUUUAAGCGGAAGUGAGAAUGAUACACACACCUCACUUGUUUUCCGGCGGAAGUUGGACACUUGUGAUGAAGAGGACCUAAAAAUUGACGACAGUACUAUUCGGUUAAUUUAUGCCUACUCGGAUAUUGAUCCGUUGGAUGAAAAUGAUCUUGAUUAUCACAUGAAAAAUAGAGGAGCCAAAAGUGUUCUUUUGUUGCAACCCAAAAGAAAUGCUAAACUAUUUAUAGAUAAGUCAGAACUAUCACACUGGGAUGUCCUUUCACCAAAUUUUACCAUUUCUUCCGAAUUCAACACACUGUAUUGGUGUAAGAUUUACAGAGCUCCAGCGCUACCAGUUAAGCACCAUAUUGUUUUGGUAGAACCGCUUAUUCAAAAAGGACAUGAACCGUAUGUUCACCAUCUAUUGCUGUAUGAAUGUGUGGGAGCAAAUCCUGAAGAAUACGAUCCUCAUUUGGACAAAACAGGACAUCAGUGUUAUCGACCGAAUAUGCCAGAUGUUAUGUCCAGAUGUGAAGGAAUAACGCUUGCUUGGGCGAUUGGGGGAGAGGAUCUCUUACUUCCGGAUCAUGUAGGUCUUCCUCUUGAAUCUGGCAUUUCCAGAUAUUAUAUGUUGGAAAUUCACUAUGAUAAUCCAUUUCGUCAUGAUGGUAUUGUCGAUAAUUCUGGAUUUCGGAUUUAUUAUACCAAUAAAUUACGAGAAUAUGAUGCCGGUUCAUUGAUGUUUGGAUCAACUGUAUCAAGAAGGUUAUUUAUUCCUCCAAAGCAAAAGGAAUACACAAUAUCUGGACACAGCAACCCUUUGUGCUUGGAUCCGUCAAUGUCAGAAGAAGGAAUCAAAAUUUUGGGAAUAUUUCUACAUGCUCAUUUAUUAGCACGUCAUGUGAAAGCUCGACAUUUCAGAAACAACACCGAACUUCAACCUUUAGCUGAUGAUAGAAAUUAUGAUUUUAACUAUCAAGAAUACAGAUAUUACUCCGAAGAAAUUGAAUUUUUACCGGGUGAUCAAGCAACAAUGGAAUGCACUUAUGAUUCUUCUGAAAAAACUAAAGUAACAUUUGGUGGUGAAGGUACCGAUGAAGAAAUGUGUUUGGGAUUUCUUCUUUAUUACCCAAAAAUUGAAAAAUAUGCAUCUGUAAGUGUGCCAACAAUAGUUGAACUUAACGCAGCUUUAGGAGGAAAUCUUGGAAGGAAUAAUAUAAAUGGAAUGAUGUAUCGGUUUCUUAUAGAAUACGAUUGGAACAAAAUUGAUUUUGAGAAAUUGGAGAACAACUUGAGAUACUCGCAUCAAGAUACUCAUUGCUAUUUGGGUGACGGAAAUAAGAACUCCAUCCGAGCUACAAUUUCUUAUCCAGAUAACCUACAACUUCACGAAGAAAAACUGUCUUGCAUUUCAGAGGAAGAUUUUUUCAGCAGCAAUAGCAUCAGAUUUCUCGAAUUACCGAGAUGGAAAAAUAUAAUCUUGUGUCUUUUAUUGAUUUCUUCCCGUCAAGUUUUACACAAAAUUUAAUGAUCUACUAAAUAUUGGAAAAACUGUGAUUCUCUACCUUUUUUUUAGUAUUUUUGACCGCCUCCUUUCCUGUGUCACACUUCAACCUCCCUACCCUUCCCUGUUGUCACUAGUCACGUUAUAUUUAAUAAAGAUAUUCUAAAAGUUCAGAACAUAUUUCAAAUUUUAUUUUUAAACUUCAGCUAAGUGUUUUAAUGUCGUUUUGAGCAAAACAACAAUAAUGGUUAUAUGCGUUCUUAUUUUGCUGAUAAAUAUCAAAAAAUGUUGUAAACAAUUAUGUAAAUUUGUUCAAUAAACUCAUUUUGAAUGUUCAAUUUUAA